GGAAGGUUGCUGUUUCGUAUCUGAUUGGUCAGUGUUAGUCCACUAUUGGUGAAUUAGCUAUUCUAAAGCAUUAUUGUACUUUAUUCUUGUACUUCCAAGACCAAAGCAAAAACCAAGAAAAUGAAUCAUAACCAGUCGGACGAGUGCCCUGAGUGCCCAUUGUGCAUGGAGUUGCUGGAGAUGGAUGAUAUCAACUUUUUCCCCUGCACUUGUGGCUAUCAGAUAUGCCGCUUCUGCUGGCAUAGGCUUCGGACUGAUGAGAAUGGCCUGUGUCCUGCAUGCAGGAAACCUUACACCGAGAGUCCUGCUGACUACAAGCCUCUAACUCAGGAGGAAUUGCAGAAGAUUAAGCAGGAGAAGAAGCAGAAGGAGCUCAUCCGCAAGCAGAAAGUCACUGAGAAUCGGAAGCAUCUCUCCAAUGUCAGAGUGGUUCAGAAGAAUCUCGUUUUUGUGGUGGGGUUAUCAAGUAGACUUGCAGAUGCUGAGGCUCUGAAAAAAAUGGAGUAUUUUGGAAAAUUUGGUAAAAUUCAUAAAGUUGUUAUUAACCACACAACAAGUUAUGCUGGGUCUCAGGGUCCAAGUGCUUCUGCUUAUGUCACGUACCAGAGAGCUGAGGAUGCUUUGAAGGCCAUCUCGCAAGUCAAUAAUAUUCAUGUGGAUGGUAGAACUCUCAAGGUCUCCUUAGGCACCACUAAAUAUUGUUCCCAUUUCAUGAAGAAUCAGCAAUGUCCUAAAAAUGAUUGCAUGUAUCUCCAUGAAUUGGGUGAUGAAGCGGCCAGUUUUACUAAAGAAGAGAUGCAGCAAGGCAAGCAUCAAGAAUUUGAGAAGAAGCUGCAGGAACAUUAUCUGGGUGUGGGAUCUACUAAAAAUGGGGGUAUUGGUGGCUUGAGUGGCUCGACAGGCACUGAGUCGUCUCACUCGAGCGGCAGGCGGACCCAUAAAGAUAGUCUGUCUGAGUCCAAUGGUGGGAAUGUGGGUGGAAGCAGCAGCUCAAGAAACGGUCGCACCUCUGCUACUAUAAAUGGCAUUUGUGCCAGUAACAAUAGCAGUAAUAUCAGUGGUGGCAGUUUCCACACUGCUGGUAUACAGCCACUUGAUUCUAUUGUUAUCAGUCCUGGUGAGGGUUGGCCAUCUCUGAACCUCGGGGGCAGUAAGGAUUUGGGUUCCAACUACAGCGGCAGUAGUAGCGGUGUGUCGUCUGCUUCUGGUAGUCAGAACUCUGUUAACAGUAAUUCAAGUGGAUCUUCCAACCAAGGCAAAAAGAAUAGAAAGCAUAAUGGUUCCAAUAGCAAUGUGAUCAAUGGUUCUACUGGUUGUGCAACUUCUUCUCCCCGUAACACUCCUACUCGAGACCACCAGAACACCGGCCGAAGAGGUCAAAAUGAGGACAGUGCCAGUAGCAGCGGCCGCUCUACAGCAGCACGAGCGAGUCCUUGCCCUUCAAGUGCUGCAUCCUCCGAGAGUUCUGCCUCGUCCCUGAGCUCGGUACUCUCGACCACACCGCCGGCAUCGUCAUCUCCUUCUGACUUGACGCCAGCAAAACGCAAGCAAGCCACCUCCCGGUCGCCUGUCUCUGCUCAUGUACAGAGAAGACAGAAGUCCCAGUCUCCCAGCAGCAAUAGAGAAUCUCAGUUUGACAACGGACUUGCCGACUCGAACACUAAUUUAGAUCAUUCUGACCUAAGCAAUGAUUCUUACAAUCCGACUGAGACACAAAAUGUGCCUGGAAAUCAUGAACCAAUUAGCAUUGUUGACACUGAUUUAGAGAAAUCAGAUGAAAUUCUAAUAACAGAAGUCAUAACUACUGAAAGAGAGCAUGACCAGUCUCCGGAAACUCGGGCUGAAGAUGUUAGUGAACCUUCUUUCUUGCGCGAUGUCACACCACCGGCUGAUGCUGCCAAUGAUCCUUUUCAUGAUCACAUCAUCACUUCCCUUAAUAAUGUUGUUGAUUCCCACGAGACUACACAGCAAUUAUCCUCCGCGUCCCUUCAUUCUGGUGACUGGGAUAUCGGCGAUCGCACCGAGCAACCUUUGUCUGUGAACGCAACCUGUGCUACUGCCGACAUUUGGAGCAAUACUACCAAAGCUUGCGAAUCCAUAGAUGACGAGUUAGGCUUCGAUCCUUUCGAGGAAACAAAUAAAGCAUUAGCUCAGGACAUAAUAAUGGAAAAACAGAAAGAACAACUUCAGAGACAUCAACUACAUGAGCAGCAAAGGCAACAACAGCAGUCAUUCCACCAAUUACAGCAGCUACGUCAACAAGUUGACUCUCAGAACGGGCAUGCAGGCCUCAAAGCAUUCAUGAGCAGCGGCGGAGAGAGUCUUGGUGGCAUCGGGGCUGCAAGGCUACCUCCGCCGGGCUUCAAUGGCGUUGUUACUUCUAUCCAUAAUGUUUCUAAUAACGUAUCCCGUAACAGAGUGGAUAUAAAUAAACUAUUCUCCGGUAUUAGUUCAUCUCUUGGUAAUAAUCUCUCGAAUCAAUCACCUCAACUUAAUGGGUUGAUAUCAAAUCGUUUACCUCACGGACCGCCUCCUGGUAUGAGUAUGCUUAGUAACUUACAAGGGCACCAGCCUGGGCUGGAUCCUUCUGCGGGAAGGAGUGGGGUGAGCACAAAUCCUUUACUUGCGGCUCUGGAGGCCUCUUCAGCUCAUUCUCUGGCUCAGCAGCAACCAGGACCUCCACCAGGUCUUUCGUUGCCUAAACAAGACUCCUUUGCCAUGAAAGACUUAGAGAAUGCCUUCCCCACCUUGACAUCACUGAAUAGAAUGAAUAGCCUCAAUACCCUUGAGUCUUCCACUAACGCUCUUAACCCAAGCCUCAGUUCCUUCAGCAAUGUCAAUGGACUCGCUUCUCUGAAUGGCCUCUCACUUAGUUCUCUCAAUAAUGGGGGGCUGGGUCUCAAUUUCUGCAAUUUGAACGCUCCUCAGCAGCAAAAUUCCCUGAGUCAACUUAACGCUUUCUCUGGCAUGAAUUUGGCCCAGGCUCAGCAGCAGUCAGUUAACACACCGGGUAACAAUGUGAUAUCUAACUUAUUCAAUUUCAGUCAGCCGUCACAGGUACCUCAACAGUCGAUUCUUCACCAGCUUGCUCUUCACAACUCCCACAAAGGAUGGACAAACAAUAGCAACGGUGCUCCAGACCUGACCGCGCUAGACCCAGCAAUUGUAUCCUCGGGUCAGCUGACCGACUCCAGAUCUGAUUCUCCCCCCGAGUGGCUGCGCCUGAUGGAUGGCCCAGCCUCGACCUGGUCGUCUCUUCUCCCGACACAGAACCAGCAGACACCCAACAGCUCAACCUUGUCCCAACAGCAGCACCUAGGUACCACCAGUGGGUUUCAGGCAACGCUGAGCUCACAGCAGCAGGUUUCAUUGUUGCAACACCAACAACAGCAGCAACACCAUCAACAACAGCUGGCUGCUUUCCAGCAACUACGACAGCAGCAACAGCAGGCGAUCCCAUCAGUGUGGCCACCGACUUCUCCUCCACCAGGUUUCUCCUCACUUUCCCCUCUCCACCGCGCCAAACUCUCCCAUAAGCUCGAUAAUAUGUAGAGCUGCUUGCCGUACUGGACCAUCCCUGACAAGAGGCCAAUCUCUGCUGUUUCAACACAACGCUUACGCUUCAGCCUUAAGCGGCUUCAACUUCUUUAGUCUUUGAGUAGUAACAAUAUUAUUGUCUAGCGGCUGCAAUCAUUUGCCGGUGCUGUGGCUCGUUGAGUGGACUUGUGCUGCAAUCGUAAUGGAUCAGUUAAUGCCGUACCGCGUUACCUUUAGCACAUCUUCGAUUUCUUUGUGUUCUCCCCUUCUCCAUUUGACAAAGGCGUGAAUUUCUUGCUUUUCUGAACGGUGAUUAAUAUUUUGAGGGUGACUAUAUUACUGAAAUGUUAUGGAUCUUUAUUUAUUGUUCGGGGAAAUUUUCUUAAUAAAGUGACCAAUAUAACUGUCCAAGAUUUGCUAAGUAUUAAUUUCCAGAUGACUGCAUCAUACGGCAUUUGGGGAAGAGAUUCGUCGUGCAUGUAGAUUUUCCAUCAAAAAGCCGCAUGAGACAUUGUCAUCAUGUCAUGACGGAGCACCCUCUGGCGGACGUUUAUACCUAGAUUACAUGCAAUUUUCGUUAUUGCGAAUCCCUUGAUGUUUGAUUAAUAAUGUAACGUUUGAUUGAAAUUGUAUCAGUUGAUCUUUGAGUUGCCACGGGGCUUUAUUAUGAAGUAUAUUCUGUGUUUGAUUUUAAUGCGGUGGGAGAGGUCCUCCCGCUGGGUUAUUUGCUCGCUCUUGCACUUGCCUUCUGAUUAUCCCUGUAUCUCUAAGAUACGGUCAAUAUUCUCCUGCCCAUGUGCUCUCUUUGUCUCGUUUGCCAUUCUAUGAAGGAGUUACUUCGUGCUGCUGUCAACAUGUUCACUUAUUCCACAUCGAUAUAUCAUAGACUGAUAUUAUACUACAUUACAUUAGCAAAUAACCUUUUAUCAGUCGUAUCAAAUGAAAUAAAUUUGAAUAACU